GAGAGGCCUGCGGGGAGGGAAGGACUGCUGCUUUCUCCCCAGGUCGGUCCAACUCCCCGAGGUAACAAACAGGCCUCUUUGCACCUCUCCUUCAGAGGAAGCCAAGCUGCAAAGCCUGCGGAGGUGGGUUUUUCCCUCCAGCCCUUUCCCUUGAGAGUUGCAGCCCCCACGCCGGCUGGGUUUGGAUUCUGUACUGGCCGCUCAGCCUAUGGAACAGACAUGAACCCGAGCCCCCGGGGGCUCGAGCCCUUCCAGGCCCCCGGCGCAGGCGGGGGAGGUGGGGCAGGCUAGGCCGGGGGGAAAGACUGCGCUCUGCGAGCAUCAGCGGCCACCCCUCCCGGGCUCCCGCGUGGCUCCCGGAGAAGGGGGAACUGGAAGAGCAAGGGCGAGGAGCCCACUUCUAGGGAAGAUGAACGCAGCCAGAGGAAGCGGCCAUGCGGGCUGCCUGGCUUCCGGACCACGCUGCUUCCCCGCCCGUGGGCCAGCCGCUGCCGGUGCGGUGGGUGGUGCUUUUAUUCUUUGUCAAUCUGGAACCCUGCUGCGCGCUCUCUGGCAUUGCAAUAAGAAGGGGGAGGAAAAGAGGUGAGCGGGGAAGCCAGCACGAAUCUCCCUCUUCCUCUCCCCCUCCCCGCACCACCCCAUCCCAUCCCAUCCCAUCCCACCCCAUCCCACCCCCAGCUUCCGCGGCGCUGCGGUCCGGAUGCACUGCAGUAUCAGGAUUCUUACUGCCCAGAGGAAAAGCAUAGAAAAUGCAAAAUAACGAAAUUAUAAAACCUGCCAAAUACUUUUCUGAAUUGGAAAAGAGUAUUUUGCUUGCAUUAGUGGAAAAGUAUAAAUAUGUGCUUGAAUGUAAGAAAAGUGAUGCAAGGACAAUUGCCCUUAAGAAGCGAACCUGGCAAGCCCUCGCCCACGAGUACAAUUCUCAACCAAGUGUCUCACUGCGGGAUUUCAAACAAUUGAAGAAGUGCUGGGAAAACAUCAAGGCAAGGACCAAAAAGAUAAUGGCACAUGAAAGGAGAGAGAAGGUAAAACGGAGCGUUAGUCCACUUCUAAGCACACAGGUAAUAGGAAAAGAGAAGAUUGCCAGCAUGCUACCUGAGCAAAUUUACUUUUUACAGAGUCCUCCAGAGGAGUCAGAAUACCACGCUGACACAGCAAACCAAGAACCUUUUCCUGUUUCAAAUCGAGAACUAUGUGAGGAAGAGAAGGAAAUAAUUCACUUUCCAGUUUGUGAAGGGACCUCUCAACCUGAACCUUCGUGUUCAGCAGUCAGAAUAACCACCAAUAAAAACUAUAGGAGCAGAGCCUCUCAGGAAAGUGCUUUAAAAAAGAUGCAUGAAGAGGAACACCAUCAGCAAAUGUCCAUUUUGCAACUGCAACUGAUCCAGAUGAAUGAAGUACAUGUGGCCAAAAUUCAGCAAAUUGAAAGAGAAUGUGAAAUGGCAGAAGAGGAACACAGGAUAAAAAUGGAAGUUCUCAACAAAAAGAAGAUGUAUUGGGAAAGAAAACUGCAAACUUUUACCAAGGAGUGGCCCGUGUCAUCAUUUAACAGGCCCUUUCCCAAUUCACCAUAGAGUAUGGGGAAUGAACACACAUGUAAAUUCACAUUUAACUAAGGUGUUUGGAAGAAAGAGUGUGUAAGAUAAAUUUGUGAAUCUAUGACUUGUCAAAGUUGGAAUGAAACCAGUUAAAUGUCUGAAUCAAAUGGAAAGUAGUAAUUUUCUGAGAUUACAUUCAGGUAACACACACAACUUGCUCCCUUUCUGACUCCUUUAUCUAUAAUCACCUCUACUACGGACAAAAAAAGAAACGAUUUUAGUUUUUGAACAUUGUAGCUAUAAGUGUGAUCAUUCUGAACAUGAUGUCUUUAAUUAGGAUUCAUACAAGAACUCUGUGGGUUUGUUUUUUGGUUGUUGUUUUUUAAUCAAAUACAAGGUAUUUACAAUGUGACCAUUUAUUAUUAUCAUUUGGAUUUUUUUUUUUUUUUUUUGCAAACAUUCAAGAAUUUGUACAUGCAAAUGAAGGUUGUUCAAUAAAAAGGGAUCCUCUUGGAGGGGUUAAAUACUUGAUUCAGUGAUCCUACCAUUGCUCUAAGAACAUCUGAAACUCUUCUUAAAGAAUCAGCUACAGAGUUGUAACAUGGUCUUUUUAAAAAAUCUCUUCCAUUUUCAUUCAUUGAAGGUCAAUUUAAUUUUUUAUAAUUGGAAUAAAUCAUCUGAAAAUCAGUCAAGUGCUUGGGAAAGAACAGUACAAAAACAAAGUAUGUAACAAGGAUCUUGGUCAAGAGAUGCAAAUGACAGAACAGAUUUGAGAAUCUACAGAGUAAUGAGGCAAUGGGGACAAAGUAGGCCAGGUAGACAGUGCAAUGAGAUGGAACGUGUGCUAGCUCUGGAAUCAGAGCACUCGAGUUCAAAUCUGGCUUCUGACAUUUAAUACUACAGUCGGAGUGUGAUCACUUGUCCUUCUUAGCCCUCAGUUUCCCCAACUAUAAAAUAAAGUUGUAUUAGAUGACUUCAGAUUCUUUUUGGUAUAAGUCUAGGAACUAAAAUCAGAGCUCUUCUGAUCAUGUGGGUCAGGGAUAUGAAAGAGCAACUAACACAAUAUAAAGAGACCAAGUGUCUUCCAGAGAGAGGCAGGAUUUUGUGAGCAUAAUAAGAUGGACAGUAUAUGAGGCAAAUUUUGAAUAAUGGGUAGUUUUUUGAGAGAGACAGUUGAGGGAGGAAUGAAAAGCGAGAGAGAUAACUAUAAAGUCAUGAGAAUAUACCAUGAUAACACUGAGAGAAAAAGAAAGAAAAAGUCUUGGUAGAGAGAAAGAGUUGGGAGAGGCCUAUAAAGUCAUAAGAAGAUAUGACUAUAAUGUUGAGAGAGAGUUUUGGUAGAGAAAGAGAAAGGGAGAAAAAGAGAGGAUGAAAAAGUCAAAAAAAGAUGUGACUAAUAUUCAGAGAUAGAGAAAGAAAGGAGAGGGAGGAAGAAAGAGAUGG